AUGACUUCCUACCAAAUUACACAAGAUCUUCCCGUUCGAAAUGAAGGGCCCUCAACCGAGGCAGAUGUCUAUUCAGACUCGGAUGACUCCGAUAUCUCAUCAGAAGAAGACUGUAGUCCAGAGCCAGAGGAAUCAAUUCAAGGUCCUUUGACUCGGCGCGGACCGCAGAAGGCUGAUUGUGCUGCCGCACCAAAGAAAGACGACAAGACCUCAAAGAAAGACCAGAAAGAUGGCUCUCUUCCGCAAGAUCGCCCGACCAGUAAACCACCUCCGAAAUCCAAUGCAGCCAAUUACCCUGCUGGCAAGUGA